AUGAGUGAUUGCAAGCCUAUGGCAACUCCUGGAGAAGUCAAUCUCAAGUUAGUUAAAGCCAGCGGAGAGUACGAAUUAGUUAAUCCGAAGUUAUAUCGAAGUCUAGUUGGAUCCCUUCUAUACAUUGGGAAACAAACACGUCCUGACAUUCUUCAUAUUGUCAACCAAUUGUCGAGAUUUCUUGAAAAUCCCGAUACAGUAUGUCGCAUUGGAAAGCAGCAAAACACGUCUUAAGAUAUCUUAAAGGUACAAUUAAUCUACGAUUAACCUUUCUUAAGAAUUCCAACGUUAAACUUAUGGGUGAUUCAGAUGCAGACUGGAGUGGUGACCUGAACGAUCGAAGAUCAACAAGUGGCUACUACUUCAAAUUUGAAGGCGAUGGUGGAGCUAUAAGCUGGGAAGUAAAGAAACAGGCGACUGUUGCGUUAUCAUCUACAGAAGCAGAAUAUCAAGCUAUGGCGGCAGCAGUGCAAGAAGCAAUCUACCUUAGAGCACUAAUGAAAGAUUUUGGUUAUCCUAUGAAAGAACCAAUCGAUAUUGGAGAAGAUAAUCAGUCGUGUAUCAAGAUGUGUCAUAAUCCAGUAGUGCACAAACGAUCGAAACACAACGAUACAAAAUUACAUUUUAUCCGAGAAAGAGUUGAAAACGAAGAAGUAGGAAUCCACUACAUCCCAACUGAAGAGAUGACAGCAGACAUUUUAACAAAGUCUUUACCGGGUGUUAAAGUAGAGAAACAUCGUUGUGUUUUAUUAGGGGACUUAUCCAAGUAA